CGUGUGUGGGAUGCGGCGGCGUACGGGCGGCGUGAUGGGCGCCAGGGACAUGUGGGACGGCGAGUGGGCGUUCAGGAGUCUGUUGAUGACCCUGCUACUUCCAGGAGCAGUCCGCACCGUCAGGGACACCGUCAGUAUCGACCUUCGCUCAGGGAUCGUCCGAGGUUUCAGUCAGCAGGUCAAGUUCCUUGCCACGCCCAGCCAAGCCCCCGACGUGUCCUCCAACCUCCUGCAAGAGGCCGAGUGGUGUGGGAGGCAGGCGGUGCUGGAAGUGAUGGUGGCUCCGGGUUCGACUCCGACGAUGGUGUUCGAUCUGGAGUACUCGGCCCCAAGGCUCUGGACUCUACACCUGGCCGACUCCCCGCUCGCUACCGGCUACCAGGGCGUCAAUUAUACUGAGGCACACAUAGUGAACCGACAGUGGCGUGUGUACGGGCGUGGGUCGGAGAUGCUGGCUGGGUCCUUAGAUGGCGGGAGUCUGUUAGCGGUGACAGACAACGUGGUGCAGCCUUACUACCACGUCCGCCUCUACCUCUCCCAUCACCGGCUGGAGUGGCGCUACGGCAGGCAGUUUGGUGGUCGUCGUGGCGGCGUGAGCGGGGAGGCGACGUUUAGCAUGGGAGGAGGCAAGGAGACCCGCAGCGACACAAUCUACGUCGGUCUCAACAGGGUCGUGGGCGGUCCCUGGAGGUCUGGAGUCGGCCUCUGUCACCUCACGCUCACACUGCUACAAGGAGAACACGUGUGUAAGACGGGGCGUCAUCGGUGCGAUCGUCACGCCGUCUGUAAGAGCUUCAAGAGAUUCCACAGGUGCUCGUGCAAGAAGGGCUGGGAGGGCAACGGUCGCAACUGUAAAGAUUUGGACGAAUGUCGACUCCGUAAUGGUGGGUGUGUGCACCUGUGUACCAACUCUCCCGGCAACUACACCUGCUCCUGUUACCCGGGGUUCCUGCCAGACCCUCAGGACUCCCACAACUGUCAGGACGUGGACGAGUGUGGCGUGGACAACGGCGGGUGUCAACAUGACUGUCUCAACACCAUCGGCUCCUUCUCGUGUUCCUGCCGCGACGGACACACACUCACCACGGACGGUCUCUCCUGUAUAGCCUCUGCGUCGUGUGCUACGCUGCGCUGUGACCAACACUGCCUGCUGAGUGCUGGGGGCGGUCCCUCGUGUGGGUGUAGGGAGGGCUACGUGCUCGUCAGGGCCAGGCACUGUCAGCCCACCUGUGCUGUUGGUAAUGGCGGGUGCCAGCAUCACUGUCACCAGACGACGGGAGGUCCAGCCUGCACGUGUCACUCCCAAUACCUUCUGGCCGCCGAUGGACAGUCCUGUAUCCCGUCCUGCGCCAUCAAGAACGGCGGCUGUGAGCGUCGAUGUCACAACACAGCCACGGGCGUCCGCUGCUCCUGUCCAAAGGGCUUCCAGCUCCACAAUGACCAGCGAACCUGUUUAGACGUGGACGAGUGCGCGGUCAAUAAUGGUGGUUGUGAGCACCGCUGUAUCAACAACUGGGGCAGCUACGAGUGUGUGUGUCCAACAGGGUACAAGCUGCAGCCCGACGAACGCUCCUGUCUGGACGUGAACGAGUGUGCGGUAAACAAUACGUGCGAACACUUCUGCACUAACACUCUCGGCUCGUACUACUGCUCCUGUGAUCAAGGUUAUCAACUGUUUGCUGGCGCUCACUGUGGAGCCAUAAACGAGUGCAGCAUCAACAACGGUGGGUGUAGUCAGUCUUGUGUCAAUACGGAGGACUCUUACUACUGCCAGUGCAAGGAGGGCUUCAGGCUCCACCCCAACAGAAAGGACUGCCUCCCUGUUGACAAGUGUGCACCUCUCAGGAAUCCCACCAAGGCUGAGGUGUCGUGUUACCACCUGGAGGACUACAGUUAUGAGGAGAGGUGCACAGUGAGGUGUCGUGAGGGUGCCACCUUCAUCUCUGGUCCCCACGAGUACUACGUCUUCACCUGUGGCCGCCAUACUGCCUUUACCUGGACUGCUCAACCCGACACUCUCAACACCUCCUUCCCUUCCUGCUCAGAGCUGGCCGUGACUCCUGGGUACAAGAGGCUGGCGCGGCUGAUGGUCACCACCAGACUGAGUGACAACAACACCGUGGAGAGCCUGCUGAACGGCCUCACCCAGGCCCUUAGAGAGAAGAUGAACUACUGCAAUGACAAGUGCCAACUGAGGUUCUUGUCAGAGAAACUCACCAACUCCAAGAAACUGAAGAAGAGGCUCCACCUGGCGCCUGAUCAACAAGUGGUACGGACCAAGUUCGAGGUAAUGACAUUCCCAUCCAGCCCUCACCAGACGUGCGGACGACGCUGCCUCAAACGCUACGCCAAGCGGAUCUUCCAUAAUGUCUUUCGUCCCCUCAAGAAGAACCUACUGGAGCAUCAAUAUAUCAGCAGCCAGACGGGCCAUCAGUACCAGGUGCUGCCCAAGACCUACAAGGCUCGAGGGCGUAUGAGAGAGGCGUGUCCAGACGGCUUCAUCCACGUCGGCAAGAAGUGUGUGGCGUGCAGCUUAGGGUCAUACCACAAUAUACGGAAGGACAAGUGUGUGGAGUGUUCAGCUGGCACGUACCAGCCAGACGAGGCCAAGACCAGGUGCCUCUCCUGUCCCCCAGACACUCUCCCACAAGUUCCUCCCAAGUCUGGCGCCAGAAACCUCUCUGAGUGUGCAGAUUCAUGUCCUGCUGGCCACUGGAGUGCUGAUGGCUUUAGUCCAUGUCAGCCUUGUCCUGCAGGAAGCUUCCAAGAAGACAGGGGCCGUGCGGGGUGCACCCCAUGCCCCCUUGGCCUCACCUCCCCACCAGGGGCUGCCUCCUUCUCUCGGUGUCUUGGUGACAGAGAGGUGUGUCACCAAGGACAUUACUGGAACGUGAGCAGUAAGCAGUGUGAGAGGUGCGCUGUGGGCUACUACCAGCAUGACGUGGGUGCUUCCUCGUGUAUACAGUGUCCCGCCUCCUCCACCACGGACCACCCAGCCUCUACCUCAGUGUCCGCCUGCAAGAGACAUGCUUGUGGAGGCUACGUCGGUGACUUGUCUGGGGUGUUCGAGACCCCCAACUACCCCGGCAACUACCCUGACAAUGCUCGCUGUACCUGGGUGGUGAAGCCUGCUAAAGGUCGCCGGGUGUUGGUGGUGGUGCCGGAGAUACGACUCAGCCACGACCAGUGUGGUGACUACUUGGUGCUCAGGAAGUCCAAGUCACCAUACAGCGCUGUAACCUUCGAGACGUGUUCUAGUGUCGACCGGCCUAUGGUGUUCACUUCUCGCUCCCGCCGUAUGUGGGUUCACUUCCGCAGCGACGCCAACAACACUGACAGGGGUUUCAGAAUACUAUUUGUUACUUAUAACAAGGAAUACCACGGACUGAUCAAGACAAUCGUACGAGACAACAAACUCUACUCUCUCCACAAUCACUUAGCCAUAUUAAGGGAUCGUGAGCUACUACCGCGUCUCCUGGAGGUGGUGGCAGAACCCAUCAAGUACUACGAGUAUGCUAGGGAGAAAGAUAAGCUCUUCCCAUCAUCAUUUAUAAAGCUACUUACACCUAAAGUGCGUAGAUUCUUUUCCUAUAGGCGGAGAAGAAAAUGAUAAUUCAAAAAAGUUUAUACCGUCGAAAUCAGAAGAAGCCUCAGUGUAAUUCAUGAAUGUCCAAAGUUGUAUUACAUAUCGAGUCUUAUCAGUGUAAAGAAAAUAUAUUAAAUGUAAAUACAAAAAUAGAUUAUAAAGUUGAAAAAUUAAAAUAAUAAUUCCUGAGUGUGAUGGACAGACACGCUUGUGACAAGUGGCACCUGUUUGAACUUCUACCCAUGGAGGACCAGGUGGUGCUGUGUCCAGUUGUGUUAAAUCACACUGAUGACAUGUGUAGCAUCAUUAAGCAUUCACAAGAUAUGCAACAUGUCUCUCUCCAUUCAAUCACGCAUUACUAGAUGGUGGCCUUUGACUCCUGCAAACCGAUCAAAAGGAUAAAAAGAAAAUUAUCAAUAUUGCCGUUUGGGGGCUGUAAAAGCAUCUUUGUCCCAAGCCCCAAAUGAAGACGCUUAAAAUACUGUGGAAUAAUAAGUCAGUUACCCCAAAUUGUGCAUGUUGGGUGUUCUUUGACGCGUGAUAAGUGGUUAGAAAUAUAUAAACUCAAAAAAAUUAUUUAUAUCAUUGGUUAAGGCGUGAACCAAAGCAUCUUCAGCUAAUGCAGAACAGUGGACAAGAACUCCCAAAUUGAGCAAUUUGUGAUAUUUAAUUUGUAAAAAAAUUACCAAAAAUACUGUACACACAUCUCACUUCAGUUUUAAAACAACUGUGUGGGGUCUGUAGCAAGGUAUAUUUGUGCCAAAUUUAAUUUAAUGGUACCGAGCAGCAGUUCAGAAUAUACUCUCUGGGUUGUGUGAGCUGUGAGUUCAUAAAAUCAUUAAAAAGCCCAAUCGUGUAUAACAAGAAAGAGGUACAGUACAAGAUAACUCUUGUGUAAUAGUAAUGUGUAGUUAAAUACAUUAUUUUUGUAAAUAUCCCAUGUGUGCAAAGAAUUGACAAGGUAAAUUGGGAUCAAAGGCUUAGAUUUAAAUAAAAAAAAUUAUGGUACAUCUCAUAAUAUUCAUUUGUCAAAUGAUGUAGAAUUGUCAACUUUUAUCCAGUUAAGGAUAUAGGGACAUAAACAUUUGUUGUGUUGUAACAGAGGUACUGUACUGUCAGCCAUAGAUCUUGCACACGAUUUUUUUGUCGAUAAGUUAAUACAGCCUUUAAACCCAGAACAAGCAUUUUAGUGGAAAUGUAAAGCUUUGUGCAUAAAAAGUGUUGUAAUAUGGUGAUAAUAAAUAUGUAAUUGCAAGAGAUGAUGAACAUACGUAAUAUAUAAGUAUAUACACUUGUAAAUUAUAUGUAAUUUAACUUUUACCAAAAAAGAUAGACAUUAAUAUAUGUUUACUUGAGUACACUUGCCGUACUACCUGAGUAGCCUAGUGCAGCUAAUUCAUGUGAUAUACACAUUCUUCAGCCGAGAGAAUUGUUUACACUUAAGUAUCAAUAUAUUUCAGUCUGCCGAAAUGCAAGAUUUAUUAUUUUUAAAGGUAAAAUAAUUUCUUUAGAAGAUUGACUAUUAGUUCAGUAUAGGUCAAAGUUCGGUAAGCUGAGCCACGUUCAUUUAAAAAAUAUUAGCCAGCCAUGUAAAGGAAUCACCGAAAAUAGAUCUGUUUGACACUCACAUUAACAUCCACAAACAUUUUGCAAUUAAGUAAAUGAAGAAUAGAAUAGGAUUAUAAGAUAUUAUUGUGUCCUUAUAAAUGAACUUCGCGAGUGUAUAUACAGAUAGACUCUAAAGUCGGGCAAUAUGGGGCUCAAGCUAGUCCAACUUAUGUGCCCCCCCCCCUUCCUAUAGUUUCAACCACCAUUCUGCUGAAAAAUCAUAUCCCAAAACCAAAUUAAAGUUAACAAUACUUAUUUACAGUGUACUUACAUUGUAGCAGAUGAAUUUAGAGGUUAUUGGAUCAUACCUAUCUUGAUGAAUCUUGAGUUGGAGGACAAAGGGGGGCUACUUAAACUUACUUUACUGUAGUUUCACUUAUACUGUUUAGUUUCACUCAUAUUUAUCUGUACAAUUACACUUAAAGCUAACAUUUAUUUCUUGGUUUAAUCACUGUCAGGAUGCGAGGUGGCAAAUUAGACCCUAGUCUGACUUAGGGUGUUAGGGGGUUAUAUAUUCUUCGGCACCUUAUUUUUUUUUUAUCAUGAUACCAGAAUAGGCUAGGGAACAUAGGUUUCAUUUUACUAUAUAUUUUUUUUAUACUCAGCCACUUGCCAAUUCAUAGGAUUCCAGGUUUUAUCUGUAUGCUAUUCGUAUUGUGUGAUAAGCAACUUCAGUUAACUUGAGACGAUGUUAUUGCUGGAGUAGGAGGAGGAGGAGGAAAAUACACACCUGAAGGUUGCUGUCCCUUGGUGCUACUUAUCUCUUACUCUUCAUUAUUUUUACUUUAUGGUUGUUGUUUUUUUUUUUCAAGGUCAAUUCUGUCGUUAGUUGUGAGAGAACAUUUUAGUUGUUUCUCUGCUGGUGUAAUUGUGAAAAACGAGUGAAAGAUUUUAUGAAUCUGAAACUGGCAUUUAUGUCAGUAAUUAAUUGGGAUAAAUAAAUUAUAUCACAU